GCCGCGCCGAAUUCGGCGUACGAGCGCGGCGCAAACGUCGCGCAUACGAACACCCAAGAGUACCCCGAGGGCGCACGGCAUCUUAGAGGGCGCGGGCACGACGUAGGCGCCGCCCCCGCGUCGGGGCUCCCGCCGCCAUGCCGUCACCUUAGCGGGCGCGCGACGCACCCCAGGCGUCUCAAAACACAACCACAGGCUCGGUGCAUCAUGGGGCACACGCCCUCCGCCUCUCGACGCGAUCCGGGAAAGAAAGUUCGCGGCGCACUUUCGCGGCGCGGGGACACGGAUACGGCCGUCGCGCGACGAGGACGCCGCCGGGCGCCGGGCAGCUUGGCACGGGCACUCGAGAGGCCCCGCCCCGCGUUCCGCGCGAUUUUGAGCCGCGCACGACGGCUGUGCGUUCCGCGGCGGGCGGAACUCUGGCGAAAUGGACGCCAAAAUGCGUCGAAAAUGCCGCGAUCGGCGCGCACAUGGACCGAAUUGGGUGCAGAGGCGCAUCCGACGGGCGGGGCGGGUGCGUUCGGCGUGCAUGGCGAUCACAGUGUCGCGGGGAACGCGCGCAGGAGGCUUGCACGCCGUUCGCGGAAGGCGCACAGACUCGGUGCACGGCGACUCCGCCGCCGGCGCGAACGGCGCGCGGACGCGCGGACGCACUUCUCGAUGCGGCGCCAUCGCCAUUGCCGACGCAUGGCACGUCGUGGACGUUAGACCGACGUCCCCAUACGACCAGGUCGCGUGUGCGCGGCGGACGGCAGAGGCCCGCCGGCGCGCGCUGUAGCUAGUGACACCUGUACUUACCUCGUGGCCCGCCCCGCAAUGCAACUUUCAUGCACCUCGCUGCGUGCACGCGUACCCCGCCUCGACGCCCGUGCCUCGCAGGACACAGCGCCCGCGACGCCGUCUGCUACGGUAUCUACGGCUACGGCUACAUCUCCCGCCCUCCCCACGCCCGCUUGUUCCGAGUCGCUGUACCCCGUACGCGAACUCCGCCGCCGGAUCGUGUCCGAGUCGUGCCUGGAUCGAAUAGCCUACAAGAUGUCUCGUCUGUUGAUCGAGAUGGCGUGGGAGUCAGUGAACGAGGCGGGAUACUACAAAACGCUAGAGACGACUGACCUCCUGAACCGCAUAGGAACGAGCGCGAGCGCGAGCGCAAUCCCGCGUCAGCGGCGUCGGCGCGAAUGGGAGAGGCCGGAUGUGUCAGUGGUAGGAACCAUCACGGACAGUUUGGCAGCUAGCAAACGGCGUGAGAGGCUGCGAUGGACAACCGACUUGUCGCCUGCCGUCCCACAAUGCGGCUCUCUCGUGCGCACUGCUCUUCUCCUCGGCGCACACACGCCCAUCGUGUCGACGUCUUGCGCGCAGACGGGCGCGACACCCCGCUCCUACCGUCUACUACAGUGCUACGGCUACGGCUACUUCCCUCCCACCCCUGCUCGCUUGUCUCCCGCGUCCUACACGCUUACGCCGCGUCGGGGCCGUGCCGCGCCCGGAUCUAGCGGCCAAAGGUGCAUCGUGCACGCGCACGCGAUCCCCGACGUUCGGAGCGUCCUGCACGGAACAGAGGCGUUCGCAUCAGCGGCCGGCGCAUUCCUGGAAGCGUUGCGUGUGCGGCGAUGCGUCGAGACAGCCGAGGGGGCGGAGGGUGUUGGCGACCAUGUACGCGAGGGUGCUGGGCGAAUCGAGCAUCGGGUGGAGACAACGGCGAGGGAAGAUGAAGGCAAGGUGUCCGCCCCAUCCCCGCGCGCACGGGUACAAAUACGAAUUGCAGAGGCCGUUCGCCGCGUGUCGCACGGACCUCGGCCGACUCGUGGGGCUUGGCUACGAAUAUGCGAAGACUGGGUCCGCGCCGCGGCCUCGGACCGCACUGUUCCCUCACCCGCCCGCUUCCUCUCCCUUCGCUUUGUCGAGCGGGCUUCGUCGCCGUAG